CUGCGACAAAGCCCACUGCGCUCUCGACAAACCCCGCGCAGUGCUUGCGCAGUCGCUGUCUGCCAUGUCGCAGCCCUUGACGUCUUUCUACCCCAUCUUCGCCUCCAAGUCCGACGGCCACGAUAUUGUCAACCAGAAGGGUUCGGUGGUGAGGAAUGGGCCCUCGCAAGAACAGCUCGACCGGUCGCCGAACGCUCAAGGGCAAUGUGACUACUACCGCCUGAUUGAGAAGGACGAUCCCAAGCAUACCGAUUGGAGAAAGAAGCUGGGUGGCAUGCUGCUGCGUGAAAUCGGAGGCAAGCGGUACGAAGAUAAGUGGCAGCAGUGCAUAUUAUGGGAGUUUCCCGAGAACUACAAGCUCUAUGAACAUAUCAAGACCAAGGCAGAUGGCCAGGCGAAGACAAGCAAGAACCACUCUGGUGGUGGACAUGACCGACAAGAUGCAUACCUCUACGGCUACCCUAAGGGCCCACGGAAGCGCUUCAGGAGCCCUGUCGAGUUCUUCCCACACUUGCUCUGGCUAUGCACCGACGAGACGAGCGAUAUGCAGAAUUGCACCUGCAAGAUGUGCUCGCCUGUGCAGCUCGAGGUCGAGAAACCUGCGGUGAAGGUGGAGCUGAAGCCUGAGAUCAAGAGGGAGAUCGGCGCACCGCAAUCGAUUGGACGCAAUCCUGUGGUACAGAUUCCUGCUCGCCGUGUCUCUAAUCCGCCGCCCGUUCACAGCCCCGCCACGAAGCCGGCCACACCUGUCGCUGCAGCCGUUUCGUCUCAGAUCAGGGCGCCCACUCCAUUGCAGCCUACCCCGCUCCCAGACCCUCGCUCGAUCGACCAGCAAGUUGACAGUCUCCCCCAGAAGUUCCUAAGUCGGCCGGGCGAAGUCGUCUGGUACUUCAGGCCAAAGACAGGAGCAUGGGGUCUAGGUGUAGUCCUUCGAAGAUGGCUAGACAAGGCUCCAGGAGGUAAAUCCUACUUUAUUCAGCCUCUUUGGCACCCACACGACUCCUUGACCCCGGAACUCGUGACGACAGAAACUCAGAUGAAGCCCUGGCUCGCCUGGUCUGCGCCGAGUUACACCUACACCUACCUGCAGCAACACCCCACCAUUCCCUUUGAGGAUGUCGAUUGGCAGGGUUUAGUUGCUGGCCGAUACGGACCAGACGGCGUCGCAGGUGUUGAUGCGUCUAUCAUGGCAGCCAAGGCCGUCGACACCACCUACACCCUUUUCGACUAUCUCAAGAAGACUGUGAACGAGGGUGGUCAGGACGCACACUACAACGGCCUCUUCCUUGGGGCUGAGAAGAUCUGGAGAGCUGACGCAGUGCGGCUGCGAAUAGGUCGAGACACAGACGUCAUGGUCGUCACUGACAUCAUCGAGCGGACCACGCCACAAGCGGCCACUGCUGUCUACGUUGUUGGCGAUGUCUACAGCUACGCCACAGUCGCUGUUUCCAACCCUGCCCAGCUGCCCGAGCCACCCAAGAACUCUAGUCUCCCAACGCGCAUGCGCGAGGACAUGACGUGGCGAAACCAACUCCUCGUCCCUCACGCCCGCACAUUCGCCUACUGGAAGCUCUCCACGCCUGGAGCGCGCUACGAGAUCGCUGAGAUCAAGGGUAGAUGGUACGAGACCGCUCUCGUCUUCGAAGAGCCGUUCACCAAAUCCGUCAAGAACAACGAGGGCGGCAAUGGCGUGUGGAUGAACUCGCGCGGCGACGCUACGCAGGUCGGUCGGACGCUGGGCGCAGCUGUGCCACAGCGAUUGCAAGCGUUUGGACGGGCGGUGCCAGACGGCACGCAGCUCGUUGACGGAAUCGAUGCACCGGCGGAGCCGCAGGCACAGCCGCAAGAUGUCAGCAUGGCUAUAGGUGGCCACACUGAUGUAUUCACAGAUCUGAUGGAUUUCGAUAAUCUUGGCGACGGGUCUGAGCCGGGGUACGAGUUCAAUUUUUAAGUUGUUGGUUUCGACACUUUGGGCUAGGGAGGUUUCUUGGAAGAUGCAUUUUACGGUUAUGGCCUAUCGUUAGCAUGGGGAGGCGUUACUUGGAUUUUCGGCGGCGCUAGCGGUCGAUGCAUAUGGCGUAGUCACAUGUUAGGACUACAAGUUGACUGGUCGAAUCGCGAAAGAUGGAUGAAUAUACCCAAGAGCUCACGACGUGCAGCACAAACGUUUCAUCAGCCACAUAUUCGCCUGGGCCCCUAGUGCGGUGGUCUUAGUCAUUGAGCCAACUCCUAAGUCGAAACUCAAGUAGUUCGAAGGUCGUGACAGUGGAUGCCCAGCCUCUGCCAAUGCCUUGCCUCCCUCGUCGUCUCCAACAAGAGGUAAUGACUUCAUAAAUGAUACGGAAAC